AGAGACAGGAGGACAGAGCGAUGAAUGUGGAGGACAGCUGAACUCUAUCAACAUGGACAGCAGAGGGAGGAGAGGAACUAACGGAUCGUUCAAACGUUCGUCCAUCAAACGCAGCGCGUCGUCUGGAUCACAGAAGACUCAGAGAGUGUGGAUCGAGAGAACUUUCCAGAAGAGAGAAUGUAUCCAGAUUAUUCCCGGCAAAGACACCAGCAGGUGUGGUUGUGGUCAGUUGAUGGCGCAGCACACCUUGGUCCCUCCAGGGGCCAAAGAGGAGGGGGCCCCUGUGGUUCAGGUGGAGGUCCAGCCUGCAGAGAGGUGGAGUCCUCUGAAACACACCCAGACCUCGUCCACCGACGCCUACGGAGUCAUCGAGUUCCAGGGAGGAGGACACGUCAACAAGGCCAUGUACAUCCGGGUCUCGUAUGACUCCAAACCGGACCACCUGCUCCACCUGAUGGUGAAGGAGUGGCAGUUGGAGCUCCCCACGCUGCUGAUCUCGGUGCACGGAGGACUUCAGAACUUCGACCUGCCGCCAAAACUGAAGCAGGUUUUUGGAAAAGGACUGAUCAAAGCAGCGGUGACCACGGGAGCCUGGAUCUUCACCGGAGGAGUCAGCACUGGAGUGAUCCGUCAUGUCGGAGAUGCUCUCAAAGAUCAUUCGUCAAAGUCCAGAGGGAAAGUCUGCGCCAUUGGCAUCGCACCAUGGGGCAUCGUGGAGAACAAAGAGGACCUCAUUGGGAGAGACGUGAGUCGGCCCUAUCAGACCAUGUCUAACCCUCUCAGCAAGCUGUCUGUCCUGAACAGCAGCCACUCUCACUUCAUCCUGUCUGAUAACGGGACCAGUGGGAAGUACGGCGCCGAGGUGCGGCUCCGCCGUCAGCUGGAGAAACACAUUGCCCUGCAGAAGAUCAACACACGUUUGGGUCAGGGCGUCCCAGUGGUGUGUCUGAUCCUGGAGGGCGGGCCUAAUGUCAUCUCCAUCGUGUUGGAGAGUCUCAGGGAGGAGCCCCCGGUCCCUGUUGUUGUCUGUGAUGGCAGCGGUCGUGCCUCUGACAUCAUUUCCUUUGCACACAGAUACUGUGGCGAAGACGGGUUGCUGACUGACAGCGUCAAAGAUCAGCUGAUGGUCACCAUCCAGAAAACCUUCAACUACAGCCGCAGCCAGGCGCAGCAGAUCUUCAUCAUGGUGAUGGAGUGCAUGAAGAAGAGAGCGCUGACAUGAUUCUGAUGAACCUUCUGGCAUCAACGCCCUUGAAGAAAAGGAAAGGCACCUUGACACCUGCACCAGCCCUGUCUCCUGUCUCUGACUCCUGUGGCCCUCACAUCACCUGCUAC